GCGCUUUUUCUAGAAGGCCGGCUUAAUAAUGGAUAAAGGAGGGCGACUGAAGCCUGAUCGACGGAAGCGACUCGCGAGCGGCUUCAACGCUUGCCCCCUCGUUCGUUCUCAUCUGACCUGCCUCCAGGCUUAGGGUUUCUUCUUUCCAACUUCUCUCAGGUAUCAUCACCGACAAGCAAAGAUUUCAAAAGAUCCAUUUCUUCGGAAAUUUUAGACAGAUAAUUCUGGAAUUCAUCUUUAUAUCUCGUUUCAUGUCGAUCUUCUUGAUUUCUCGGUCUUUUUCUUGCGUAAAUUUGUUCGCACAGGGGUUUAAUUUCUUGAAAUUCAGAUAAUAGGCUUAGUUGGAUUCCGUUCUGAGAAAUAUUUGGUCGCUUUAGUGGAAGUUGAUCGCUAUGGCGUGGUUUAGAGCUGCGUCUGGGGUAGCUAGAUCGGCCCUGAGAAGAAACCUAUCUCAGAUGCCUCAUCACAUCGCCAGAACUCGUGCUGUUCCUUCUCCUACUCGUUGCUUCCAUUCUACGAGCUUUAGACCCAAGGCCGCCCCGGUUCCCCGCCCCGUGCCCCUCUCCAGGCUCACUGAUAGCUUCCUCGAUGGCACGAGCAGCGUCUACUUGGAGGAGCUGCAGCGAGCCUGGGAGAACGACCCCAGCAGUGUGGACGAGUCAUGGGACAACUUCUUUAGAAACUUUGUUGGUCAAGCUGCCACUUCUCCGGGAAUCUCCGGCCAGACCAUCCAAGAGAGCAUGCGGUUGCUGCUCCUGGUUAGGGCCUACCAAGUCAGGGGCCACAUGAAGGCCAAGCUCGAUCCUUUAGGUUUAGAGAACUGGGAAAUUCCCGAGGAUUUGGACCCGUCUUUGUAUGGAUUCACCGAGGCUGAUUUGGAUCGAGAGUUCUUCCUUGGGGUGUGGAGGAUGUCGGGCUUCUUGUCAGAGAAUCGCCCUGUCCAGACCCUUCGGUCUAUUUUAAACAGGCUCGAGCAGGCUUACUGUGGGAGUAUCGGGUACGAGUACAUGCACAUUCCUGAUCGUGAAAAGUGCAAUUGGUUGAGAGAAAAGAUUGAGACGGUGAAACCGAGGGAGUACAGUAUGGAGCGCCGUGAGGUCAUGCUUGAUAGGCUUAUUUGGAGCACGCAGUUUGAGAAUUUCUUGGCUACGAAGUGGACUGCUGCGAAGAGGUUUGGUCUUGAAGGUGCGGAGACUUUGAUUCCGGGCAUGAAGGAGAUGUUCGAUAGAGCGGCUGAUUUGGGGGUGGAAAGCAUUGUGAUUGGAAUGUCUCAUAGGGGAAGGUUGAAUGUUUUGGGCAAUGUCGUCCGGAAGCCUUUGCGUCAGAUUUUCAGUGAAUUUAGUGGUGGUACGAAGCCUGUUGAAGAGGGAGAGGGGUUGUACACUGGAUCAGGAGAUGUGAAAUAUCAUCUGGGUACUUCGUAUGAUAGGCCCACCAGAGGUGGGAAAAGGAUACAUCUAUCUUUAGUUGCGAAUCCAAGUCAUUUAGAAGCAGUUGAUCCACUCGUGGUUGGGAAGACUCGGGCAAAACAGUACUAUUCAAAUGAUACCGAGAGGACAAAGAAUGUGGGAGUUUUGAUUCAUGGCGAUGGAAGCUUUGCAGGGCAGGGUGUGGUUUAUGAGACCUUGCAUCUGAGUGCUCUCCCCAACUACACAACUGGUGGAACAAUUCACAUUGUUGUGAACAAUCAAGUUGCAUUUACAACUGAUCCAAAGUCUGGGAGGUCUUCGCAGUAUUGUACAGAUGUAGCUAAAGCAUUAAAUGCUCCAAUUUUCCAUGUGAAUGGCGAUGAUUUGGAAGCAGUGGUCCAUGCUUGUGAACUUGCAGCAGAGUGGCGUCAGACAUUCCAUUCGGAUGUGGUGGUUGAUGUUGUUUGUUACCGUAGAUUUGGGCACAAUGAAAUUGAUGAACCCUCUUUCACACAGCCUAAAAUGUAUCAGGUGAUUCGAAACCAUCCAAGUGCGCUUGAGAUAUACCAAAACAAGCUUCUACAAUCAGGGCAGAUAUCUAAAGAAGAUAUUGAGAGAAUACGCAAUAAAGUCAAUUCCAUUCUGAAUGAAGAAUUUAUUAACAGCAAAGACUACGUUCCAAGGAGGAGGGAUUGGCUUUCAGCUUAUUGGGCUGGAUUUAAAUCACCUGAACAAAUUUCACGUAUUAGGAAUACUGGUGUCAAACCUGAAAUACUGAAACGUGUCGGGGAAGCCAUUACAAUCCUUCCUGAAAAUUUUAAGCCUCACAGAGCUGUAAAGAAGAUUUUUGAGCAACGUGCUCAGAUGAUUGAAACAGGGGAAGGCAUUGACUGGGCAGUUUCAGAAGCACUUGCUUUUGCCACUCUUAUAGUGGAAGGUAAUCAUGUCAGGUUAAGUGGGCAGGAUGUCGAAAGAGGCACUUUCAGUCAUCGGCAUGCAGUCAUUCAUGAUCAGGAAACUGGAGAGAAGUACUGCCCGCUAGACCAUCUUCUGAUGAACCAAGAUGAGGAGAUGUUUACUGUUAGCAACAGCUCUCUUUCAGAGUUUGCUGUCCUUGGAUUUGAAUUGGGUUACUCAAUGGAAAAUCCUAACUCAUUAGUACUUUGGGAAGCUCAGUUUGGUGACUUUGCGAAUGGUGCCCAAGUCAUUUUCGAUCAGUUUCUAAGUAGUGGAGAGUCAAAGUGGCUUCGCCAAACAGGGCUUACGGUUUUGCUUCCCCAUGGUUAUGAUGGUCAAGGCCCUGAACAUUCAAGCGCACGAUUGGAGCGCUUUCUCCAGAUGAGCGAUGACAACCCUUAUGUAAUACCUGAGAUGGAUCCAACACUCAGAAAACAGAUUCAAGAGUGCAAUUGGCAAGUAGUGAAUGUCACAACACCUGCAAACUAUUUUCAUGUUUUGCGGCGGCAGAUACACAGAGAUUUCCGGAAACCUCUAAUUGUGAUGUCACCAAAGAACCUGCUUCGGCACAAGGACUGCAAGUCACAUCUUUCUGAAUUUGACGAUCUCAUAGGGCACCCUGGAUUUGAUAAGCAAGGGACACGCUUCAAGCGCCUCAUAAAAGAUCAGAAUGACCAUAAAGAUCUUGAGGAGGGUAUUAAUCGACUGGUUUUGUGCUCUGGAAAGUUGUAUUAUGAACUGGAUGAAGAACGAAAGAAAAAGGAUCGCAAGGAUGUUGCAAUCUGUAGAGUUGAGCAGCUCUGCCCAUUCCCAUAUGACCUGAUCCAGAGAGAACUGAAGCGAUAUCCAAAUGCAGAGAUUGUUUGGUGCCAGGAAGAGCCAAUGAACAUGGGCGCAUACCAUUAUGUUGCCCCUCGUUUGUAUACUGCCAUGAGGACACUUGGCAGAGGGACUAUAGAAGACAUUAACUAUGUUGGAAGGGCACCAUCUGCUGCCACAGCAACUGGUUUCUAUUCUGUUCAUGUGCAAGAGCAGACCGAGAUUAUUCAGAAGUCAAUGCAGCAAGAGCCAAUUAGAUACCCAUACUGAACUUUCUUCCAGUUCCAACAAGAAUAAACGUGUGCAAGUUCUCUGAAAUUUCACAUUCCUUUUCCGGAGUUGAUGUGCAUCAACUCGUGUAAUUGUCUUUUACUGGCUGAAUGAAUUCAGUGGUGUAUUUCUGCUGCUGUAUUUUGGAAACGUAUACCAACUUUACAAAAUGUUCUCUUGCUUAUUUGAUCCUUGCAGUA